UGCUGAUGAUGCGAAGAGAAUUGGCGCUUCACGAUCCAAGACUUGCAAGAAGGAUCGAAACAACUAAGAAAAUGAUACAAAAACAUUAUGAAGCUGUUGGUCAUCUAUUUGUAAAAACUCAUGCGUUUGAGAGAGCCAAGGAACUGUUGGACAAUAACGGUUAUGUCGUCAUCAAGGGAAACCCCGGGACUGGAAAAACCACAAAUGCCAAGAUGUUGAUGAAAGAAUUGAUGGAUGAGGGGGAAUCUCCUCUUCAGCUUUACAAGUUCAAAGACUUGUACGGUAACAUAUCACCGGGUGAUGGUAUAGUGGUAUUUAUCGACAAUUUAUUUGGAGAGUUUUCUUUAUCCAGCGAUGAGAUUCAAGAAUUUAAAGCUAGAAAAGAUAUGAUAAAGGUUUUAAUUGAAAGUGACAUAGAUAAUGAAUCAAACAAAUUUAUUUUUACACUUAGAAAUGAUAUAUAUCAAGAAUGUGUACAGAACCAGCGCGAUGACAAUUUUUUGAUGUCGUCCUUGGUUGACCUGUCAAGCAAGGAAAAUGCAUUGAUAAAAGAAGAAAUAUUACAGUUUUCAGAAAAAUAUGAGCUUUCUGAAUACAUAGAAGACAAAGAACUUAUUCAUAAGGUAUAUGAAAUGCCACUAACUAUAGGAUUUCCACAAUGUUGUAAGUUAGCAAGAAGUAAUGAAGCUUUUAAACAAAACGUAUUUGUAUUUGUAAAAAAUGCAAUGAUGUUUAUGAGCGACUACUUCAAAACAUUAAUGAAAAAACAAACUGUAAAAACUGCUGUUUUAGCAUAUGUUCUCCUGAGUGGAGGAAAAGUAGAUUUUGAAUUAAUUGACAAUCCCCGACUGGAUUUAGAGAUGAAGCACGCUUCUUUAGAAUUUGUAGGUCUACAAAACUCGUAUGUUAACGAUUUCCAGGACAGUAUUUUUUGUUUUGAGGGAUUUUUAAUUAUACAUGACACGAUAGAAAACACCUACAGAUUUUCCCAUAGUUCAGUUCAGGAAUCCCUUUUCAGUGUCUUGUUUAAUUUUGAUUCUGAAAAAAUUAUCCAAAUGUGUUAUCCGUCCUUACUUCUUACAUUGACGACAUGUAAAAACCCCAAAAGUACACAAGUCUACAUAGAACAAAGCUUGUUUAAAUAUGUUGUCCGCCGCGUUGCAAAUAUAAUUGGAAAAAGGUCUGUGAUAGGAUAUUCCUCAAUAUCAUCACUGGAUUUAUGGAAUGAUUCAAACUUCCAUGAGCACGUAUUACAAUCUGAGGAUUGCACAUCGAAGUUUAAAACAUGCCGUGAUACCAACGGUGAUUCAAUGUUUGUGCAUUUUUCGAAGGUGGGAAAUAAGCGAUGGGUUGAAUAUUUACUUCCGAAUUCAAAAAAAAGACAAAGAUACAGAUCACUUAACGCCGCUUGCUCUAAAAAUCAACCCGACAUUGUUAAUCUCAUUUUGUCAACAGAUGUGGAAUGUGAUCUUCAAACAUGUUUUUAUGCUGUACAGAGUGGUAAUAUAGAGUUAUUGCUCCGAAUUUGUGAGCUUGUUGAUGUUCAUCAAAUUUCUCAUUCCUUACAUCCUGUCUGGAGUUGUUUAAGACAUAGCUUACUUCAGGAAAUCUGUUUUAUGCAACACACACAAUUAAUUGAACACGUUCUAGAAAAAUUUUCAUUCCUUGUAGAUAUUAAGGACAGCCAGGGCUCUAAUGCAUUACAAGGUGCAGCAAGUUCUGGGGACAAACAUGCAUUUAAUCUUUUGUUAAAGUUUGGCUUUGAUCCUUAUGAAAAAGAUCGAGACAAUGGUCACACUGUUCUUACUUGUGCUUGUCAGGAUGGAAGGACAGACAUGGUAAAAUAUCUUAUUGAAACAUAUCCUGCAUUACUCCAGGAACACACAGAUGUUCGUGGAAAAAGUCUUCUGCAUUGGGCAGCUUUCAGUGGGAAUAUAGAUAUGUUUGAAUAUAUGCUUAACCUCUUUGAGAAUGAAAAUAUAUUACAUGUACCAAGUGACAAUAAACCAAAGGGAUAUAAAACAGAUAAUUCAGGUCAAUCUAUCCUGCACGCUGCAUGCAAAAAUGGGCAUUAUGAUAUGUUUGAAUAUUUAUUAAACAGAUACCCUCAAUUACUGGAUGUCUGUGACAAUGAUGGUAAAAAUAUUCUCCAUUACACAGCCCUAGGUGGCAACAUAGAUCUUUUUAAGUACUUAGUUGAGAAUUAUCCCCAUCUGUUAGACGUCAAAGACAAAUUUAGUAAGACAGUUUUGCAUGACGCAGCCUGGGGAGGCAAUGUUCAAAUAGUAAAACCGUUGAUUGAGAAAAAGAUGGACAUCAAUGCCCUACAGGGAGAUGGUGAAACAAUUUUACAUCUGUGCUGUCGUUCAGGCAAAAUGGAGAUGUGUGAGUAUUUGGUCAAACAUUUCUCGGAUUUAUUGGCAAUCAGGGACAAUAGAGGAUGGACAGUGUUACAUUCAGCUUGUAAUGGAGGAAGUGUUGAAAUUAUUUCUUUUCUUAUAGAAAAAGGGAUGGAUUUCAAUGCCUUGUCGAAAGAUGGUAAAACUAUCUUGCAUAUAGCAUGUCUCAAUGGGAAGUUUGAAGUUUGUGAAUACUUAGUUGAGAAUUAUCCCCAUCUGUUAGACGUCAAUGACAAAUCUAGUGAGACAGUGUUGCAUGAUGCAGCCCGGGAAGGCAAUGUUCAAAUAGUAAAACUAUUGAUUGAGAAAAAGAUGGACAUCAAUGCGGUACAGGGAGGUGGUGAAACAAUUUUACAUCAGUGUUGUCGUUCUGGUAAAAUGGAGAUGUGUGAGUAUUUGGUCAAUCAUUUUCCAGAUUUAUUGGAGAUAAGGGACAAUGACGGAUGGACAGUGUUACAUUCAGCUUGCUAUGGUGGAAGUGUUGAAAUUGUUUCUUUUCUUAUAGAAAAAGGGAUGGAUUUUAAUGCCAUGUCAAAUGAUACUAAGAGUAUCCUACAUAGAGCCUGUAUCAAUGGGAAGUUUGAAAUUUGUGAGUACUUAGUUGAGAAUUAUCCCCAUCUAUUAGAUGUCAAAGACAAAUCUAGUGAGACAGUGUUGCAUGAUGCAGCCUGGGGAGGCAAUGUUCAAAUAGUAAAACUAUUGAUUGAGAAAAAGAUGGACAUCUAUUCUGUACAGGGAGACGGUGAAACAAUUUUACAUCAAUGCUCUCGUUCUGGUAAAAUGGAGAUGUGUGAAUAUUUGGUCAAUCAUAUUCCAGAUUUAUUGGAGAUAAGGGACAAUGACGGAUGGACAGCGUUACAAUCAGCUUGCAGGGGAGGGAGUGUUGAAAUUGUUUUUUUUCUCAUAGAAAAAGGGAUGGACAUUAAUAUCUUGUCAAAUAAUGGUAGAAGUAUCCUGCAUAUAGCUUGUCUCAAUGGGAAAUUUGAAGUUUGUGAGUACUUAGUUGAGAAUUAUCCCCAUCUGUUAGACGUCAAGGACAAAUUUAGUGAGACAGUGUUGCAUGAUGCAGCCUGGGGAGGCAAUGUUCAAAUAGUAAAACUGUUGAUUGAGAAAAAGAUGGACAUCAAUGCCCUACAGGGAGAUGGUGAAACAAUUUUACAUCAAUGCUGUCGUUCUGGUAAAAUGGAGAUGUGUGAAUAUUUGGUCAAUCAUUUUCCAGAUUUAUUGGAGAUAAGAGACAAUGACGGGUGGACAGCGUUACAUUCAGCUUGUAAGGUAGGAAGUGUUGAAAUUGUUUCUUUUCUUAUAGAAAAAGGAAUGGACAUUAAUAUCUUGUCAAAUAAUGGUAGAAGUAUCCUGCAUUUAGCUGGUUUCAAUGGGAAAUUUGAAGUUUGUGAGUACUUAGUUGAGAAUUAUCCCAACCUAUUAGACCUCAGAGACAAAUCCAGUAACACAGUGUUGCAUGAUGCGGCCUGGGGAGGGAAUGUUCAAAUAGUAAAACUAUUGAUUGAGAAAAAGAUGGACAUCAAUGCCCUACAGGGAGAUGGUGAAACAAUUUUACAUCAAUGCUGUCGUUCUGGUAAAAUGGAGAUGUGUGAGUAUUUGGUCAAUCAUUUUCCAGAUUUAUUGGAGAUAAGGGACAAUGACGGAUGGACAGUGUUACAUUCAGCUUGCUAUGGUGGAUGUGUUGAAAUUGUUUCUUUUCUUAUAAAAAAAGGAAUGGAUUUUAAUGCCAUGUCAAAUGAUAGUAAGAGUAUCCUACAUAGAGCCUGUAUCAAUGGGAAGUUUGAAAUUUGUGAGUACUUAGUUGUGAAUUAUCCCCAUCUGUUAGAUGUCAAGGACAAAUAUAGAAAUACAGUGUUGCAUGAUGCAGCCUGGGGAGGCAAUGUUCAAAUAGUAAAACUAUUGAUUGAGAAAAAGAUGGACAUCAAUGCCCUACAGCGAGGUGGUGAAACAAUUUUACAUCAGUGCUGUCGAUCUGGUAAAAUGGAGAUGUGUGAAUAUUUGGUCAAUCAUUUUCCAGAAUUUUUGGAGAUAAAGGACACUGAGGGGUGGACAGUGUUACAUUCAGCUUGCAGUGGAGGAAGUGUAGAAAUUGUGUCUUUUCUACUUGAUAAAGGAUUAGAUACCAAUGCUUUGUCAAAUGAUGGUCAAAGUAUUCUUCAUAGAGCUUGUCUCAAAGGGAAAUUUGAAAUUUGUGGGUACUUAGUGAAGAAUCAUCCCCAUCUAUUAAAUAUUAGGGACAAUUCUAGUAACUCAGUGUUGCAUGAUGCAGCACGGGGAGGCAAUGUUCAAAUAGUAGAAUUAUUAAUUGAGAAAAAAAUGAACAUCUUUUCCCGACAGGAAGACGGUGAAACAAUUUUACAUCAAUGUUGUCGCUCUGGUAAAAUAGAGAUGUGUGAGUAUCUGGUCAAUCAGUUUUCUGAGUUAAUAAAGAUCAGGGACAAUAGAGGAUGGACAGUGUUACAUUCAGCUUGCAGUGGUGGAAGUUUAGAUAUAGUUUCUUUUCUAUUGAAAAAAGGAUUGGAAAUCAAUGUUUUGUCAAAUGUUGGUGAAAGUAUAUUGCAUAUUGCUGGUCUAAAUGGUAAACAUGAUGUUUGUAGGUUUUUAUCAACAAAUCACUUAGAAUUGUUAGCAGUAAAAGAUAAUCAAGGUAAAUCAGUGAUAGAUACUGCCGCUGAACAAGGUGACAUAGACCUAAUUCAUAUUUUCGGAGAACGCCGCUUUUAGGAACCUUCUUAAUUCUUCAGCAAUUAUGUAUUUUCACGAAAGAAAUGCUGAGAAAAUUUAAUGAAGAAACUCUUUCAUAAAAUAAAAAGGGUUAAAAUUGAUAACACUUACAUUAAAAUGUGAUUUACCCCUUGUAUUCAUGCAGGAAAAAGAAGAAAUUAAUAUAUUUUGAAAUAGACGAAGAUAGUGAACACUGAUCAAAUCCUUUAUACAAAAAAAAAAUUGAGAACAUUUCACAAACAAAAAUAUCUGAAAUCUUCAACGGUUAGACGAGAUGUCUGGCUAGAUGAGAAGUUUGAAAUAUUGACAAUUUGUAUGUAUCUUUAUUUUUACACUCUAGAAAUUCUGGAAAAUUUUUAAUGCUCAGUGUAUUAAUUUAGAUCCAAAGAGUCUUAUUAGAUUUUUUUUACAUAGUUUCAUUUUUAGAUAGAUCAACAUUUAUUAUCUUUACCUUUUAAUAUAUUACUUUGUUUUACGUCCAACAAAGAUCUUUUUUAUACAAAUAUGGGAUUCAAAUUGUAAAAUGUACGCAGGUUCUUCAAAUGAUUCAGUACCAAAUCUGUCAUCAUUAUGCUUUUUAAGAGAAUUCAAAACCAUAGGAGACUUGAAAAAUGUUAUGAAAAUAAAGUGCUCCCGCUUAAAAAAA